AUGCUUUAUCUUGCAUUUCUCGUUGUCCUAUUUCCCGCCUUUCGUUUUGUUGUUGGCGAUGGCAUCACACCUACUGCCCCAGGUCCAGGCGAUCAGUUCAACGCUGGCUCGCCUUGUACAAUCCAGUGGCAAGUGGGCGAAAACUGGUCAAACUUUACAAUUUCCCUCAUGUCAGGUUCCAACACCCAGAUGCAGCUCGUAGCACCAGUCGCAAGCGGGUUGGAUGGUUCAAAUGCAGCUCUUUCUCCUUUCAAUUGGACAUGUCCAGAGGUAAACCCCUACUCGGCGAUAUAUUUUUACCAGUUCACCAAUAGCAACGACACGACAAAUUCUAAAUGGACAACUCGUUUUACGAUUGCCUCACCUUCUGGUGAAUCAUCCCCACCCGCGAAUUCCACACAGCCUAACGGAGACAGUAUCCCUUGGGGAGUCGGUUCGUUGAAUAGCGCAUCGGCGAACUCUUCUGACAGCCAGGAGUCAAACUCUUCCUUAUCUGCGACGACCGUGACAUCAGCACCUUCCAGCACCAUCACUGCGUCAAACAGCCCGCCUGGCAGCUCUUCAAAAUUGCGCAAGUCCAGAAUGAGCACUACCAGUACUGAAAGACAAGCUACCCCAACCAUUGAUAUCCCAUCGGGGACGCUGACCACAGACGCUGCAGCAACCGCAGCAACAUUCGCAGCCUAUCGGCCGAACGUUCAAAACGGGAACAGCGCCCAAGGAUGGAAUCAAGCAUUCAGCGCAUGGACAGUAGUUUUCGUUCUUGUCCUGAUAGAUUUGAACAAUUUACCGUGA